GGAUAUCUCACCCAUACAGUGGAUUCUAUAGCCGUAUGUACCCGUCAUUUUUGCAAUCCUCUUUGAAUGGCUGCCGUGACCCAUGAUUCGUCUCGUUAUCUGUUUCUGUCAAGAAUUGAGAGCAUCACCCACACAACACAGAAACGAACACAGAGACAACAUCCAUUUUUUUUUUUCCCUUACUCAAAUGGCUUCCAACAUCCUCAAACUCAGAACACCAACAAUUAAACUCACAAAACCCACCGCUCCAUUGAAGCCUUUAACAAGAACUCUCUUCCCAUCUCAACCAACUCCUUACGGGCCGCACCAUCAUAAUCACUAUGAACACCAUCACCUUCACCUCUCCUUAUUGCCCCAUAAGCAGCUACUCCAUCGGUCUUUAUUUCUGCAAUCUUCACUCUCAUCUUACACCCCACCCACCACUAAAGAAGAAGCCAUCCUACAAGCCAAGACAUGCCUCUCAACCACCUUAGAGAAGCCCCUCAACAACCCAAGACUCGCAGCAGGCAAGCUCAGGAAACAGAACCAGCCCAGGUUCCGAAUCGAGAUCCCAGUCGUCGACGAUUCGGUAGAGUCACUAUCCCAACUCGCUCUCCAGGUGCUCGGAGACCUACCCAUUAGAAGAAAAGGCUCUCCGCUGAAGAUCCUAAUUUUAUGGCCCGAUCCCACCUCUGCAAGAUUAGCUACCAAAGCCUUCGAGUCUCUGUCAUCGAAAUCAAACCAGGUUGAACAAAUCGACCUUUCUUCGAUCACUGAUUAUGAUGACGGAGUCUUAAAUUCCGCCGAUGUAGCAGUGUUUUUGGCCCCGGAGGCUUCAAAAUUGGAUGUUAUGAAAGCGGCUACUGAUAGUAUAUAUCCGAAACCGGUGGUGGUUUUCAAUCCCAACUGGGCAUUUGAAGAGGAGAGUGGAUUUGGGGAAUUGAGUAGGUUUGUUAGAUCGUUUGAAGUAGUUUAUUCGUUUAUGGGUUUGGAGGUCCGAGGAGUUCUGAGUAAGAAGAGAGGAAUGGUUUUCAGAUGUGUAAAAGAUGGGGUUUUGAGUGGUGAGAAAUGGGAGGUUUUGGUUGAAGAAGGAGGAGAACUGAAGGUGAUUUCGAGGUUCAACAAACGACCAUCGAUUGGUGAGGUUGAGAACGUUCUUUAUAAUAUGAUGGCAGCUAAUUCGCCAAUGACCAAGUCUGCGAAGUUUCUGAGAGAUUUGGUGUCGAAUGUGAGGGGAAAGAAGUAAGACUUGAAGGAAUGUGUGUAUCUUGUUUGUUGAAAUUCCUGAAUGGCUGAACCGGUGGCAGUGGCCAUUGCUUUUUGUAGAAUUUGCUCCAGACCAAAUUUUACUCUUUAUUUUGUAACGAA